AUGAGCUAUUAUCAUUAUUCGACCAUUAUUAUUAUCAUUAUUGUUCUCGUCAUUAAUUUGACAUUUAUUCAAACACUAUCAUCGUCAAUAAGGGAUAAAAUCGUAGCAAAAAAGAAUGAUACUCCAUUAAAUAUUCAUCAUCGAUUAUUAGAUAAAACUAGUAAAAUACGCAAUAUUACAACAUCAAUUCAUAAUCAUUUGAAACCUUCACACGAUGAAGAAGAAGGCGGUGAUGAAGAUGAUGAAGACGAGACAAAUGAACAAUAUGUUGAAGAUUCUCCAGCAAAAGAUCAGACAGCACAUGUUGUUGUAUUAACAUCUCUAUCAGGUAUUUAUGUUUGGUGGCCAGUGUUAUUUGGUGGUGAUGAUUCAUUUCAUUUACUAUUAUCUCAAGAAGAUGUACCACGUUUUCAUGAUGUAACAAGUGAUGAACAUGGUCAUAUCUAUUUAACAGCACCACAUGAACGUACUGUUUAUCGUUUACAAUAUGCUAAUGGUUGGUGGAUAUCAAAUUUUUCUAAUCAUUCAGUUAUGAAUUCAAUUCGUAGUGAAAUGCCAUUAUUUGUUAAUAUUCAUCAUGUAUCAUCACUAUUAUAUGUUUAUGGUCAUUCAGAUAUACAAACAAUUGAUUUACUUCAACGACCACGUGCACGUGGUUCAGCACCAUUUAUGAAACGUUUACGUGAAUUAAGUCCUAAUUUACGUAUUAGUGAUUUAAUUAUUGAUCAAUUAACAUCUGAUGGUUAUAUCAUAGGUGAUUCAUAUGGUUGGUGUACAGUUAUACGAUGUUCAUUAAGUGUUAGUGAUUGUGUAUUCUUAUUUAAAAUUCCAUCAUCAUAUGAUAAUCGACCAUAUCCAUGUACAGCAACAAUUGAUUUUUCAAGUAAAAUUAUGUAUCUCAGUUUAGAAGAAAAAAUAAUUGGUGUUCAUCUUAAUGAACAAACAAAUUAUGAUCGACGUUUUACUUUAACAGAAAAACGUGGUCCACGUUCAACAUUAGGUUAUGAUGAUAUUUUAACAUAUAACAAUACUAUACUUUAUACUGAUGUUCUUCGACCACUUCUACAUAUUUGUACAUCAAUAAAUUUUAAUCCAUGUUUAAAUAUAUCAUUAACAUUUCCAUCACCACAACGUACAAUAUUACCACUUCGUUUAAGUAUUGUUCAAGCACCAAAUUUUCGUCCGCCUAUACUUGAUGAAGAAGAUGAUACUGAAUUACAUAUCAAUCAAUCUGAUCCACAUCAAUCACCAUCAUCUCUUAUUGGUCAUAAUACAACUACUGCUAUUCAAUCACUUAUUGCUGAUAAAAAUAUGACGAAAUCUUAUAAACCACAAGAAGCAAGUAUAAAUAAUAUUUGGAUGCUUCUAUUUGGUAUUUGUCUUGGUUUACUUCUUGCUGGUUUAUCAUUUAUGAUUUAUUAUAUUAUUUGGAAUAAAAAUCGACCGAAAAUAAAAAAACAAUUACCAUCAAAAAAUUCAAUUUCAUCAUCAUUGAAACGAAUUAUUCCUGCAGAAACACCACCUCUUGUAAAUACACGAAAAAUAAGAAAUGAAUCAUCGAAAAGUAAAUCUUCAACACAACCAUCAAGUGAUUCAACAUCAAAUAAUCUAAUAGAAUCACCAACAUAUUCAAGUACAAAUGUAUCAAGUGAAUGGACAACAGUUACAACUAGUUCGUCGAGUUAUCGGCCAGAUAUUAUUCUUUAA